GAAUCCUCGACAGAAGCUCCCGCCAUACAGCCUCCGGAGAGCAUGGCGCAAGAAAACAUCAAGCCAACUCAAGUCCUGGAAGCGAGCCACCCUAGACAGGACUCAUCUAGUGCUCUACCAUCCAUCGAGGAUUCUGCUGUCAAUGGUCACCAGGAAGCUGUUCAGACGCCGCCCGGCGCUUCGAAGACUAAUGUUGAAAGCAUACCUCUGUACCGACCACCAGCUCCACCUUCGGCAUCCCCAGAGCUUAAUCGCCGUCAGCUUGUCAAUGGACCUCCUACUCCUGUCGAGUCAAAUACCGGCAAGCGCAAGCGGGAGUCAGCUUCUGAGACGCCGAAGAAUUCGAAGAAAGCUAAGCGUACGCUAGUCACCGCUGGUGCGGAUUAAGUCGUUUUCGAAGGUCGGUGAUAGGUGUGUUCGCCAAGCAAUAUGGGAUUGUUCGUGAUGGAUCUCCACUCUGGGAUUGGGAAACGAAGAGCCGGCUGUAUAGUACGGGUGUGCAGUUCAUGAUGGAAGUCUGGAAGUUCGAAGCGUGAUUGUAAGAAUUGAAAUGUCGCCUACUCUACGGAGGAAGAUGGCAUAGACGCCAGCCAAAUACCCUUGGCUCUUGACGAUAAAUAGAAUCAAGAAUUCAUUGUCUCGAUGAUAGAA